GCUUGGUCUGGUUAAUGUUCACCUCAUACUUUAACAACAUCAAUGUACAAAGGUCACAGUUGUGAAUAGGGAAUAUUCACUUCUUUCAGUCAGUCACACCGAUACAAAUUCUGGAGAGGGAGCAUAAGGAAUAACCAUGGUGGUCAUCUCAGAGUUCCAAAAAAUUGGGAUUGGUCUGAUCGGGUUUGGUUUAUUUUUCCUGGUCUUUGGUGUGCUGCUGUACUUCGACUCGGUCUUGCUGGCAUUUGGGAAUAUUCUGUUUCUGACUGGCUUGACAUUCAUCAUUGGCUUUAGAAGGAUGGCCCACUUCUUCUGCCAAAGACACAAGUUCCGUAGCUCUUUUUUCUUCCUAGGAGGUGUGUCUCUGGUGCUGUGCCGUUGGCCAAUCAUUGGAAUGCUGGUGGAGAGUUAUGGCUUUGUGCUAUUAUUCAGGUCCUUCUUCCCGAUGGCCUUAGGAUUUGUGCUGUCAGCUGUAAAUAUCCCUUACCUCAGUGCAUUUUUUUCCAGCAGCUCCUCCAUGGUGUGAGCAGAAUAACAUGUUACAGCAAUGAAAGAGUGUGUGUGGGGUCACAAUUAUUUUGUUGUUAACCAGUAAGAAUAUCAUUUUUUCAAUGUACUGUAUUUUGCACCCUUUAGGGUUGCAAUAAGCUGUCUGAAAGCUACUGUAACUUAAAACCCUAUCAAAUUGUAUCUACCAGUUGUAUGGGACCUAUGUUCAACAUUAUUUUGCAAUAACUUACUGUUUUUCAUCCUCUAAUAUCUUGUUAUUUUUGCUUUAUUUAGAAAUUUACUUAAAGAUAAUGUCCUAUUUUAUGAUAUUCCCUUAUGAUAUUCAUUCCAAAUGUCUAAAUACAAACCAAAGUCUAAAUAUAACCAACAAAACUAUAUUCAUGGAUUUUUUAAAAUUUCUAGCUCAAGGUUUGUGAUUUGACACUGCAUAGAAUGUUAUUUUAUGAAAUACAUUUUGAUAGUCGAGAUUGGGUUAAAAGUGCUUUACACUGGUUAGAAUCAGUGUUCAGUAUAAUAAAUGAUAAUUUGGAUUUAAAAAAAACAUCAUCAUUCACUCGUC